UUUUUUUUCCUUUUUUUUUCUUCUUUUAAACCAAAAAAAAAAAGGGGGAGGAGAAAGAAAAGCAAUGAUAGAAAAUGAUAAUAUUAAAAUGAAGUUCCUCCAAGAAAAUCACUUGUAUGAAAAUUCUCAUUUUACUUUUAGAGCAGUUAUUUGUGGAUUAAUUAUUGGCAUAUUAAUGUGUUUCUCCAAUAUGUAUUUUGGUUUACAAACAGGCUGGAUAUCCAUGAUGUCAUUACAAUCUUCGUUAUUAGGUUUUGCUAUAUUUAAGCCAUUUCAACACUUGUUAAAACAUAAAUUUAGUCCUAUUGAAAAUGUUGUUUUGCAAACAACUGCUGUAGCUACUGCAACUAUGCCUUUAGCAGCAGGCUUUGUGGGCGUUAUACCUGCUAUGGAGUUAAUGACAAAAGAAGAUAACCCAACAGGUGCAGUCAUUUUAAAUGGUCGACAAUUAUUAUUAUGGUCUUUAGCAGUAGCAUUUUUUGGUGUAUUUUUCGCUAUUCCCUUAAGAAAACAGACAAUUAUUAGAGAAAGACUAAAAUUUCCUUCAGGUACAGCUACAGCACAGAUGAUAAGUUUACUUCAUCAUCAACAACAGCAACCGUCAUCAUCUAUUGCACCAAGAGUAGUAACUUUAAGAAAAAGAAAAAUUCAUAAUGUAGAACAACAGCCAUUAUUAUUAUUACCACAGCAGCAAUUACAGGAUUACAAUACAACUGAUAAUCAUCAACAUGAUUCAUCAUUCGAAUAUAGUUGGUCACUUAAACUAAAUGGUCUCAUUGCUUCCUUCAGUCUCUCUUCAGUUUAUACACUCUUAUCCUACUUUAUACCCAUUAUUAAUACUUUACCUAUUUUUAAUUAUCUUACAUUUGGAUUUGUCGAUAUGAGAGCAUGGGAAUGGUAUUUCACACCAAGUUUUAGUUAUAUGGGUCAGGGAAUCAUUAUGGGUCUACCGACAACUUUAUCUAUGUUGUUAGGUUGUAUAGUGGGAUGGGGCAUAUUAUCUCCUGUAGCUUAUUUUGCAGGAUGGGCACCUGGUCCCAUUCAUGAUUGGAAAACUGGAUCUAAAGGCUGGAUCUUGUGGAUUUCAUUAGGUGUCAUGAUUGCUGAAUCUUGUGUAUCUUUAUUAGUUGUAUUAGCAAGAACAGUAAUAAGGAUCAUGAUAACAAAAUAUGAGACUGACGAUAUUGGAUUAGAUGAUGUACCUCAAGAUCAACAAGUACCAAAAAUAGUAACCAUACUAGGUCUCUUUGUUUCUACUUUGUCUUGUAUUUAUCUUGUACGAAUUGUGUUUGGACCUGAUGUGUUAUCGGAGAGUAUGACACUAUUAGCCAUUCUUGUUGCUAUGUUUUUGAGUAUUCUAGGUGUUAGAGCAUUAGGUGAAACUGAUUUAAAUCCAGUGAGUGGUAUUGGUAAAAUUAGUCAAGUAUUUUUUGCAGCAGUAAUGCCUGGUGGUAUUUUAGCAAACUUGAUAGCAGGGGGAAUUGCCGAAGCAGGUGCGCAACAAGCAGGUGAUUUAAUGCAGGAUCUUAAAACAGGACAUUUGUUAGGUGCCUCCCCUAAAGCUCAAUUCUAUGGCCAGAUGAUUGGUUCCUUUGCAAGUGUCUUUGUAGCUACUGGUGCUUAUGCUUUAUAUAGAACAGUAUACACUAUUCCUGGCCCCGAGUUUCCUGUUCCUACUGCACAAGUCUGGCUUGAUAUGUCACGACUUGUCAACGGUCAUCCCUUACCUCCACAUGUUUCCGAGUUUGUCUUUGCCUUUGCUAUUCUCUUUACUAUCUUUGUCUUCAUUAAAGAGCUCUUUCAGGGACAACGAUGGACACGUUUUAUUCCUCAAGGUAUUGCAUUUGCAAUUGGCAUGUACAAUCCACCUAACUUCACAUUGGCACGUGUCCUUGGUGGUUUGAUUAUGUACUUUUGGACACAAUUUUGCGAACAAAGGCAAGAACCUUAUAUGUACGAUAAGCAUAAUAACAAAUUAAGGGCCUGGAUAGAGCCUUAUAGAGUUGUAGGUGGUAAAGUCUUUAUCAUCAUUAUUGCCAGUGGAUUUGUGCUAGGUGAAGGCACAUUUGCCAUCGUAAAUAUGAUGAUGCGUGCUUUAAACGUACCUCACUUGUAAAAAGAAAGAAAGAAAGAAAGAAAAAAAAACCCCUACCCUACCCUCUAUCUCAUUUAUUUAUUCCCUCUCUUUAUUUUCUGUAUAAUA